AUGUCAUCUUCAGACGAGUUAGAAGAAAUGGGUCCCAUCACGCCUGCCAUGAAACGCUUUCUCAGCGCCGAGCGCUACGCCGUCAUCGGUCGUGUCCUCGAUGACCGUUCUCGCUGGGACAACAAGGCAAGUGGUAAGCUCCGAGAUUCUGUCGAUUAUUUACUCUCUGACCUGGAACGCAGGUACCAAGCGCGCAACUACCCAGUUGCUGCUGUACGACCCGACAAACCGUCCAAGUCCAUCGAAGGGCUGGACGUGCUGACUGAUCCUGCAAGUAUUUCGACAUUCCGCCUGACUCCAGCUGACAGCCCACAGCUGUCCAUCCCAUCCCUCCCCUCUACCUCCGUGUCCAUCAUCAUACACCCGGUCAAGUCGCUCGGCAUCCUCCAAUCCCUCUUUGCCAAUCCCGCCAACGCACCUCACAGUGUAUGGUUCCAGCCGGGUGCGGAUGAUGGCAGUAUUUGGAAGUGGGUCAAGGAGAAGGGACUGGAGGCGAAGAUUGUGGGACAUGGUGCAUGUGUACUGAGGGAUGGAGACGGCGUAUUGGACGCCAUCAAGAGCGACGGCAAGGCCAAAAUCUGA